ACGUAAAAUUAAUGCUAUGCAUGCCACACAAAUUAGUAACAAUGGAGUUGCGAGCACACCUGGUGCACAACAAUGUAUAUCUUCAUCAUCUUUGAGAGUGGGCGUUGUUGGAUCUAAAAUUGUACUAGGCAUAAGUAUUCAAAAAAGCACGGGCGAGCAUGCCUUGCGUAUGGUUGUUCUCAAUAUUGUAGAAUGUGAUCGAAUAAAUGAGAAUACUGAAGGAAGUAGUACAAGUAGUGUGGCCGUUAGUCAACCGAAAACAUCAAACACAAGCAGUGACGGAGAUGACACUGUUAACGAACAAUUACCACUCAAAUAUGAACAACAAGACGAUGACAGCAAAACAGUUAGCGCUAAUUUUGAAAAGUAUGCGGAUGGUUUCGAUAGCAAUGGGUUUGUUUCUGCCCUUAGUAUUAUGAAUACCGAUGGAACUGAAGAUAAGUCGAAUGCAAUGGCCUUGACUGAUUUGAUUAAUACUGAGUUAUCACAUAUGCAAACGGAUUUGAUAAUUGUAAAUCCAUUUGAUGCUAAAAUGAAUACAGGACCUUCAAUAGAUAUGGAUAUGGACGCAAAUUAUUUUAAAGAAAAUUUAUUAGCUGCCGCUCAAAUGAAGAAAAAUCAGAAUAUCACAAUGAAUGGCUACAUGAAUAACAACAAUAAUGUUAGUACCAUUUCAAAAGCUCCACCGUGUGAGGACAUUGAAUGCGUAUUUGAGAGUUGCACAAGCGUUAAACGUAUGAACACUUUUAGUGAUGAUUUCGAAAAUGAAAUCGUUGAAAUAAGUGAAAUCUUACCAAUAAAUAGUGAUUGCAAUCAACUACUGGUUAAAUUGCAAAAAACUAAACUUCCUUCCAAAGUAGAACAAAAACUUAUAAUGGCAACAACAGAGGAUGUAGAAUAUGAGCAGUUAGUUGAUUCUUCCGAUUUUAAUGGUAACGAUUUAGUUGCUCAAUUGUUGUUAUUCGAUUAUGUUGAUGGUGUAAUAUCGAAUGAAUAUACGUUAGCAGUCACAUUUAAUCGGAAAAAGCAACCAAAACAGCUUUGCAUAUUACCUAAUUUCCAACUUGUCGUGGAAAAUGAGGAAACAAACUCCGAAGUUGGAAGAAAGGUGCAGUAUGGAGCAUUAUGCGUGGUUUGUAAUGAUGGUACAAUUAAAGUUUAUUCAUUAACGGAUUUUAAACAUAUUACUGAUAUACAAGUCAAUGGAGAAGCUUUUACUUCUAUUGCUUAUUGUCGUACACUAGAUCGUUUAUGUGGUUGCACAAGUAAGGGCUCGCUUAUUUUUUAUUCUUUUAACGAUGCAGAUAAUGAAUCUGGAGAUGAAAUGCUUGAAAUGGAUGAUGAGUCAAAUGUUUGUGUUAAAUCCACUAAUAAUUUAGAAAUAACGGUGACAGAUGGUGGAAAUGAAAACGUUACCAACACAUCUAAUAUUGACAUUAAUGACUUAGCAGUUUAUAAGAAUGGACUUAAUUCUGGUAAAUUACCAUUACCAUGUAUACCGCAAGGAGUAUUAGGAGUUGACUGCAGUGCAACAAAUAUUUUGACUCUAACACAUCAGUCUCCAUCUCCUACGCCACUAACUGCAGCGAAUUGCAUAGCUUUUAAAAGUUCUUUAUUAAUAGAGGAUUUACGUACUUUAUAUGAUCUUACAAAAUUUGAUGACAAAUUAAGUGCUUAUACAGCUGAAGUGCCAAGCUGUUGGAAUGAUAUGGUACAGGCACAAAAACAAAGAAAACAACCGCAGUAUUUACGCAAUGGAGAUGAUACCCAACAUGUUAAAACAUGGCGUCUACAUAAUGAUGCUACUACUUGGGACGAACAUACGAUUGAGUUGAAUCUAAAUCAGCCGGUUCAACUAGGCCACAUUGACUUGAAAUUCACAUUAUUCCAGCAAUGUCAUAAUCCUGCAGCUAUACAAGUGACUUUGCUCAAGCAGAAUACAAGUGGAUUUGGUUAUCGUAUGAAAGGACCGAAUGCUUGUUAUCAGGAAUGUAACACGAAAAAUUAUGAUGAUUUUAUACCAAGUACUGCUGAUGUUAAUGAAAAUCCAGUAUUAACUGAUGAAUACUUGCAAACCUACAAUGCCGAAAUAUUGGUCGGUCCCAUUGAACUUUCCUCAUGUAUUGACCUGUGCGAUCAGGGUGGUGUAAUGACAUUAACCUCACCGAAACUAUUUAAAACUCGUACACGAAACUUUUUAUUGCAUUUACGAACUAUGUCAGAUCAAAGUAAGGAUGGUCAAGCUAAAACACGUGGAUGCGAUUGGUUACACGAAAUAUCUAUAUCUGUACGUGGUGUAAAGACAAUAAAUAUACCUAAUGAACGUACACAACGAAUUGCAAUGCUUGAAAGUAAACUGCUAUUAGAGAAUUUAUUUUUGAUUAUAAGUUCUACUGAAACUUCGAGGCUAGAAAAAAAUCUUGCUUUAGAUAUAUUGAUAUGGAUUUGUUUUAUACGCUUGAAUCGUUAUCGUUCCUCGAAGUCUGAAAGUAUGAAAGCACAGUUGAAUAAAAAUGUGCAACAUUAUAAUGUGGAUCUUGUAGCACAACAAAUUGAAUGUAUUUCUAUAGCUGAAAAGUACAUACACAGUAUCAUUCGUAACUGUAUCAUUCAUAGCGAUCGUUCGAUCGCUCACAAAUGUGUGAAAGUAAUAAUUAUAUUAACAGAUGGGAUAGGUAACAUGCCUAGUGAACUUCAGAAUGAACUUAAUUUGAGCGUUGCUGUUAAAACGGCUAUAUCAUCCACAUUCAAGGAGUUGCCACUUUCAAAACAUGCGAGUGUUGUACAUUGGUUUACAACAUUGGUUUGUGCCACAUCUACUGCUGAUUCGCAUAACGAAAUUUCUGAAUUAUGCAUAAAGUUGUUAACCAAGAUAUCUGCAGAAAUUUCGCAGCGUUGGGAUCCGUAUGGUGCAUUACUAGGAACCAGAUUUGGCAUGUAUGGUUUUCCAUUUGAGCCCGAAAUUUUCGAUUAUGAGUUACCAAGCAUGAACAAGAAUACCGCACCAAUUCCUUCAACCUUUUUAAGCAUCAUGCGACAAAAUGCAGGUGCAAUGCAAACAGCUGGUAUGGAUAUUAAAAAGCUCUGUUCAAUUGAUAGCGUAGAUUUUCGAACAUUCCCACAUUUGAUAAAAUGUAAAAGUGUGAGCAACCAAUUGCGAGGCUUAUUAGAGGUAGAACAGUUGCAUUUUUCUUGUGCUGCAACAUCUGAAGCUACUCGCAUAGAUAAUUUGGAUUCAAUUUCAACUGGCAAUGGGUCGAGUAUAAAUGUGGAAGAUAUUAUUAUGGGACCAAUGCAAUCUGUUUCCGUAGAUGUUUUAAAGGAUCCCGAUAUUGAUAAGAUACACGACAUUGUUAAUAAUGUCCAAAAUAUUAUUGUUGAUAAACAUCUUAAAUUAAAGAAACCCAAAGAAGUUGAACAAAAAGCCAAUGGCGUUUCUCACUUUGAGCAUUUGCCGCAUUUAUCAUCGAAAUACAAUUCUAUGUUGCCAAAAUUCAAAGCAAUUUGCAAAUACAUUGAGCUAUGUGAUGACACAACUAAAAAUUCCGCUAGCAAUAAAGCGGAACUUUUUAAAGAAAAAGCAAUAUCAGCCCAAGCAAAAUUAUCAGCUUUGGAGGAUGCCCUCACAAAGUUAGAUGAAACUCAAACAACAGUUAAAGAUGUGCUUAAAAUGCAUAAUAAUAAUGGAGAACAACGCAUAACGCAAAAACAAAGUGCACAACUACCUCAUGUGAACAAGGAAAAUAUUACAACUAAUGUCUUCUCUUGGCAUAAAUUGCUUUUGCCUCCGCCGAAACAAAUGAUUGUUAUCGAUCGUAUGCACUCUGGCGCUCGCCGUUUUGUUGUGCUAGACUUCGGCGCGCAUAUCCUAUUAACCGACUUAGUAAUACCAGCUUGUGAUGAGCUCGCAUCGCUACACAUAGAUAUUUGGUGUUUUGAUGAAGAAACUGACAGUGUGCGUUUGACAGUAACACAUGAUAUCGGCACUAAGACAUUAGUUUUGACUGAUUUACAACCACCGCCAAUAUGUCGUUUCAUGAAAAUCACCAUUAUUGGUCGCAUUGGCAUGUCAUCCACAAAAUGUAAGAUACCGAUAGGUUCAUUUUAUGGUCAUACUGUUGUGUUAGAUAGUGAUUGCUAUGGUGAUACAGUAUUGAAGAAAGUUACGCGCCAACCACAAAAUUUACAAGCUCAAAUAAAGGCAUUGACUUCUUUGUAUGAAGAUGUACACUGUCGUUAUAGCUUAGCGAGUUGUAAAUUAUUGGAACUGUUAUCACCUGUGCUAAAUUGCGAAAUAUCAAAUGUUGCUCACAUGCAGGCUUUUAUUAAUAAGCAGCAUGAGACAGAGGCAAAUGUGGUGGAUAAUUUAAAAAUCAUUAAUUUGUACGAAGAAUGUAUUAUGUUACAACAUCAAAUUAAUGUUAUACGUAAUGUUAUCAAUCGUUUCGACACUUCCUUGUCAAAAGUCAAUCCAAUAAUGACUGCACGUGACGAUAUAUUACAAUUAACAUCACGAGAUAAAUUGCGUGUUCUGAGCCAAAGCCUAGUAGAAAUAUUAUUGCAUUUUUCUAUUGAAUUUGGAUUUAAG